GCCUGUGCGCCUGCGCGGGAAGGGGGCGGGAGCUCCGUUCCUUCCCGGAUCCAGUGAAAACAAGCCCGGGCUGGACGCCGCCUCCGGCUCUGCCCUGGGACCGCCCCCCCCCCCCAGCUCCCUCCCUUUCCUUCGCUCCCUCCUUCCUCCAGAUUCCCUCCUCCCUCCCUGACUCCCUCCUCCCUCCCUCAGUCGCCAGACUCUGCUCUUCUCUCGGCAGCGGGAAUCCGGCUGGAGCCGGGCGGAGCGGCCGCCGGUCGGCUCGGACGUGAGGCGGAGGUGCAAGAGUGCUAAAAUCUUAUUAACUACAACUAGGAUGGACAGUUAUUUUAAAGCUGCUGUCAAUGACUUGGACAAACUCCUUGACGAUUUUGAACAAAGCACAGAUGAACAUGAUCACUACCACAUGGCAGAAAGUUCAUACAAUUCCAACUACUGUUCAGUUUCUUCAGAAUUGCCUUCCUCACAACCAGUUUCACCAGUACCCAAAGAUCAGCCAUGUACCAACUCAGAAAUAUUCUGUGGAGCAAAUCAGGCAACAACAAAUGGAAAAAAGCUUGGAGGACUAACAUCUUCAAUACAAAAUGAAAAAAAUGUAACUGGUCUUGAUCUUCUCUCUACUGUGGAUGGUGGCUCUUCAGACGAAGUCCAACCUUUAAGCCUAGGACGGUGUGGCAUACCAGUCUGUGAUCUUAUCAGUGAUAUGGGCAAUUUGGUUCAUGUAACAAACAGUCAUGAAGACAUUCAAGCAUUACUGCCAGAUAAUUUCCAAGCCAAUACAGAUUCAUUGAUUGGCUUAAAUUUGUCUGUUUUACCAGCUACUAUUUGUGCUUCUUCAGAAGAUGUUUCAGAAGAACAAAAUGAUGAAGGCAACUCCGUAUCACAAAGAUCAGAAAACAUUGUUACCAUAGAAUCGAGUUUCAAAACAGAUACAUCAUUUUUAGAGUCAUGUGAUCACAAUAGAACGGCCAGUUUAGAGGAUAAAAAGAUAAAUGAUCAACGAGAACAAACUGCUGGCCUUAACUCUGCGUAUGCCUUGACACAGCAGAAUUCCAAAACAUUUGAUUCCAAAGACAAAAAACAGAACUUGCCUUGUGAGUUGUUAAAAGAGAAAUCUUUGGUAAGACAGGAGGUCAGGGUGGCAAGCAGAAAUCAGGCAUCAGAGUCCAAGGAAAUAGAAAGCGCGAGUGUUAUAGCUUGUGAUCAUCCCCAGAGUGAAGGCGUAGGCGUAAACGAUUCAAAUACAAGCGAUCAGAAGACUGGCUUGCCCGAUUCCUCCCUUCAGGAGGGUAGGAGCCCUUUAUUUAGAAAACCACCUGCAGAAGAAAGUUCAUGCAAUUUUGACCUUCAAAGUGACGAUAUGCUCCAAGAUGCCUCUUCCACUUUACAUAUUUCAAGUAAAGAAGUAGAAUCCUCAUUGUCCUGCCUUCCAAUAUCUGUGUCUAUGUGUGGCUCACUUACCGAGAGUGAAGAUCAGAGUGAUCGUUUGCCUCAGAAGGAUCAAGUUGAUAGCCUGAAACAGGAUGUCAUCACUAUACAUGAAGAUAUACCCAAGGGUAUUGUUUUAGAUGAGGAACCCGUUAAAGACACUGAACCCUCUCAAAAAGGCGAACAUACAAGCAUAACUGACCAAAUGUUUGUUGAAAACCUGGUAGGUGAAAAAGUGAAUCUUGGCCAGACGAUGAGCAGAACGGAGCCUUCUGAACACCAUUACACUGAUUUUUCUAUUACAACCGACUCCAAAGUAGAGCAUUCUGAUGAUAUUCUUUCAUUUCAUGAUCAUCGUGAAGGAAACACUUUUUCAAACAGUGGUAUUAUUAGGAAGGAGUUAGAUUACUUUAAUAUUGAGGAAGACAUAACAAGUGACACUCUGAUUAGUGAUGCUGAACUUGAUGCCUUUCUAACUGAACAGUAUCUUCAGACCACUAGUGUAAAGUCCUUGGAAGAAAAUACAAAUAAUGUGGACUCUCACUUGAAUGAAAUACAUGUGAAAGACCUAGAUAGGGAAAAGACCAAUGAUAUGUAUUUAAAUAAUAAAGAAGUAGUAAUGAGUGGAGUUUCUCCCAUCACUAGUAUUUGUGGAACACUUGAUAAGCAGUGUACACCAGAAGACGGUCAUUCGUCUGUAGGAGAAAAAGAUUUCUUUCCUGUUCAGCAAGGGAUGUCCGACAAUAAGCCUGAGGUUGUUAAUGAAUCGUCUAGCUCUGACAGCAGUCAUCACAUGGCACAUGCUGGAGGAGCCAGACCUAAGCAAAUACUUAACUUUCCAUCAAGAACAAUGAGUCCAAAGGACCUGAGCAAGCCCAAAGCACAAAAUGUAGCAGAAAUGGAGCCCAGCGUACCAAAUUCUGUCACCUCCAAAGCUUGUUUUGUAGACACUGCCGCUGAACCCUAUGUUAGCCACAAUGUUGACAGCUUGGAAGCUGGAGACAAUUUCACACGAACAAACACAGAUGUUGUUCCUUUAGCUGAAAAGUCUUGUAGGGAAGGUGUAGUUUUAGGGCAAAAACAGCCUUCCUGGGUUCCUGAUUCGGAAGCUCCAAACUGUAUGAACUGCCAAGUCAAAUUUACUUUUACAAAAAGGCGCCACCACUGCCGAGCAUGUGGGAAAGUAUUUUGUGGUGUCUGUUGUAGCAGGAAGUGCAAACUCCAAUAUAUGGAAAAAGAAGCAAGAGUCUGUAUUAUCUGCUAUGAGUCUAUUAGUAGGGCACAGGCAUUUGAAAGAAUGAUGAGUCCAACUGGUUCCAAUACUAAAUCCAGUAUUUCCUCUGAAUGUGCCACAGCCCAGAGUUCUCAGGAUAACCAGAUAUCCAGUGCACCUAACACCCCUUCACCAUCAGCUUUACCUACCUCAGCACUUAAACAACCAAGUAUUGAAGGUCUGUGUUCCAGAGAACAGAGGAGAGUAUGGUUUGCAGACGGUAUUUUGCCCAAUGGUGAAGUUGCGGAUACAACUAAAUUGUCUUCUGGAGGCAAAAAGUGUUCUCAGGACACGAGUCCUGUCUUACCUGAUGUACACACGAUUGUAAAUGCACUGGAUCAUGGUCCUUCUCUAGAAGUGGAAAAGUCCAAAGAUGAGAUAACAGAUCCUGCAAGACAAGAGAAAUUACAAAGUCCUGUUUCUGUAGCCCAGUCUGUGGAAGAACUGCCCAUGAAUGCUGCUGCACCUGAGAUGUUACCAAGUUCUCUUUCUUCUUUUGUACCUGAGAGUGAAACACCCAUUUCUACAACAGUUGAGAAAUCAAGUUCUGUUUCAGCCAUGCCAGCACCCAACAAUUUAUCUGCUGGUAGUUCCUCAGACUACAGGUUGCUGUGUGGUAUUGAUAAAUACGUGAGGAAAGAUAUCAACCUUAUACCUAAUGAUGAGGAUGGCUUGCCUCCUCUCCUAGUUGCAGCUGGGGAAAGAGGAGAAGAUCCUGUAGUAGAAGAAUGUCCAUCUCAGGAGCAAGUCUUUUCACUUCUUGAACAUGGAGGCUCUAAUCUAGUUACAUUUAUCCUAAAUGCCAAUCUCCUAGUGAAUGUCAAGUUAGUAAUUUAUUCUUCAGAAAAAUAUUGGUACUUCUCAACCAAUGGACUACAUGGUUUGGGUCAGGCAGAAAUUUUUGUUCUUUUGUUCUAUUUGCCAAAUGACAAUAGGAUUCCUAAAGACAUCUUCACUCUAUUUAUCAACAUUUAUAAAGAUGCAGUAAAAGGAAAAUACAUAGAAAACUUGGAUAGUAUUACCUUUGCUGAAAGUUUUCUCAAUAGCAAGGAUCACGGAGGAUUUCUAUUUGUUACACCUACUUUUCAGAAACUUGAUGAUCUCCCAUUACCAAGUAGUCCUUUUCUUUGUGGAAUUCUCAUCCAGAAGCUGGAGAUUCCUUGGGCAAAAGUUUUUCCAAUCCGCUUAAUGUUGCGAUUGGGAGCAGAAUAUGGAGUAUAUCCCACACCUUUAACAAGUAUCAGAUGUCGAAAACCUCUUUUUGGAGAAAUAGGACACACUAUUAUGAACUUACUUGUUGACCUUCGAAAUUACCAAUACACUUUGCAUAAUAUAGAACAGCUGUUGAUUCACAUGGAAAUGGGUAAAAGUUGUAUAAAAAUUCCUCGAAAAAGAUACAGUGAUGUAAUGAAAGUCAUAAAUUCUUCUAAUGAGCAUGUGAUAAGUAUUGGAGCUAGUUUUAGUAUGGAAGCUGAUUCUCAUUUAGUUUGUGUUCAGAAUGAUGGAAUUUAUCAAACACAAGCCAACAGUGCAACUGGUCAUCCCAGAAAAGUGACUGGUGCAAGUUUUGUGGUAUUCAAUGGAGCUCUGAAAACAUCUUCAGGAUUUCUUGCUAAAUCCAGUAUAGUUGAAGAUGGUUUGAUGGUACAAAUAACUCCAGAGACAAUGGAAGGUUUACGGCUAGCACUAAAAGACCAAAAAGACUUUAAAAUUACAUGUGGGAAAGUGGAUGCAGUAGACUUAAGAGAAUAUGUGGAUAUCUGCUGGGUAGAUACUGAAGAAAAAGGAAACAAAGGUGUUAUUAGUGAAAUAGAUGGAAAAUCAUUGGAAGGAAUUCCAAGUGAGAAAAUACAACAGGAAGCAGAUUUUGAAACUGAUGAAAAACUUGUAAAAUGUACUGAGGUAUUCUAUUUUCUAAAGGACCAGGACGUUACAAUGUCAGGAAGUCGUUACCAGUUUGCUAAAGAGAUAGCAAUAGCUGGCAGUGCUGCACUUUGUUCACACCUAAAAAAUCUAAAAAGUAAUGGGAUGAAUAAGAUAGGACUUCGAGUUUCCAUUGAUACUGAUAUGGUUGAAUUUCAGGCAGGAUCUGGAGGUCAGCUUCUUCCUCAACAUUACUUAAAUGAUCUUGAUAGUGCUCUAAUUCCAGUGAUCCACGGUGGCACCUCCAACUCUACUGUUUUACCAUUGGAGAUAGAGUUAAUGUUUUUCCUUAUAGAAAAUCUAUUUUAGCAAAAAUAACUGUGCUACUAUGCAUUAUAAACUGAUUUGUUAGAAUUAACAUCGGCACCAAAACUGCAAUGCUAUAGACACUAAAAUAGAUAUGUUUGAGAUUAAACGUUUGAGCUUAGCUUUUAUGAUGAAAUUUAAUUUUUUAAAAGCCCUAGCACAGUAUGGAUGAACCGAUAAGUUUUAGGUUUCCACCAUUUCUGAAACUUUAUACUUAUUACAGGUACUCAAAAAAAAGGUGAAGACUUCUUUUGUCUUCAAGAAAUCUGCAACAUAUACUGUGCUGGUUUUAAUGCUACGCCAAAGUAUUGCAAUUAGCUGUAUUGCUUUAUGUUCACAACGGUUUUAAUGAAGAUUCUUAAUGUCUCCUAAGUCAGGAACAUCUCUUUUGCAUCUGUACAAGUGAGAUGCCCCCAUUUACAAAUCUAUAUUUCAGUGGCAUAGAACUGUUUUCAUAUCCUAGAGAGUACAAAAGGACUGCUGAUUUGUAUUAUUAGCAUCAGCCGUCUCUGUAUUUAAACUCUUGAGUAUUUGGAUAAAGAUGAGGAUUUUUGCCUUUUUUUUUCUUCUCCAGAUUUAGCAUAUGAGAUUUUUCCUGAUUAAAUACAUAUAUAAAUCAAAUGAUUGUAGGUGCUUUAGGAACUUGUGCUUCUAUAUUUAAGUGUAUUGUUUUUAUAGAGAGAAAAUGACAAGUAUGUGUUUUAUAACUGUAUCUUUAAUAAUUUAUAAAUUGGUGAUAUUUUUAUACUACAAUGAUUUCUUCUCCCUCUACACUCCUUUACGUAUACCAGUUUAUUUACAAUUUCCUCAUGUGAUUGACGAUAGGCCAGACAGAUGACCCUUGAAGUAGUCAUUAUGUAGCAAUAAAUGAAGCAUUAAAGUAAGGUUUCUUUUCCUCUCUCAUUAAUUCUUGAAAUUCAUUUGGCAGCCCUGUUUCCUUUCAGGGAAAACUAUUGUGUCAAUUUUCAUGAACUACUUUAGCAUAUUUGAAAUUCUUUGUAUAGUACUUAUUUUUGAUAAUGGGGUAUUAACUGAAGUUAAACUCUAUUUAUGUAUUUGCAUUACAAACAAAAUUUGUGCCUGAAUACAAAGGUUCACAGUGAACCCUCAUCAGGUUUGACAAUUAACUGUUACAUAGCUUCCCUCUUUGCUAUAAAAGACAAAAAAUAGUAGUAAGAAGCAAAGGGUGCAUUUCAAUUAGUGCUAUCAACAGGUUAUAGGAACCUAAUCAUUAUUUAGAUGCCUUUUUGAUUCUCACGUGGAAUAUUUAUAUGUUUUUGUAUCAAAAACACUCUAUGUAUAGCUCAAGAAAAAUGACACUAAUUAGCCCUGUUUUAAGAAAAAAGAAAUAUAUAACCUAACAACUUGAAUCACACAGAUCAGAAUUAUAACUCAGGAUCCAAAGUCUCAGGAUAGAAGAGAAUGGGGAUAUCAGUGAACAAAAGCAUCCAAUUUCUGUUGAAUGUCACCUCUAAUUAGCCCAAGAUGGCAGUGGAACAGAAUAUCCACUCUUCGGGAAGUAGCUAAUUUUGUAGGUGUAAACAUUAUUAAAUUUGCAGAUAUUCAGUGAAAUGGCAAUGUAAUGAUUUGUGAAUGUAAUUGUAUAAGAUAAAAGUAAUUUGUUAUUAAA